UCCGGAUAUUGAGGGCUGAGCUUCCUGGGUCAGAGACGUUGCAGAAUCUGUAACAAACAGCUGCUGCUCCUAAGUGGGGUGUGUGCGGUGAGAGUUCUUCCCUAAGGUCUCUCUGGGCCCAGCCGGGGGGACUUUCUCCGGGGGCUGGAACCAGCCCCGGGCUCUGCCGCCACCAGCCCCUGAGCCGGAGCCUGCAGGGUUUCAGUUUCCUAAAUCUCCGAGGAUUCCUUGGAUGGAGCAAGAGGAAGAGCCAUACAUCCUGGAUCUCCAGGUCUCCUCAGAAGAGGAGAUCUCAAGUGAUGCUAGCACAGCAGGCGACGGGAUGGUGAGUGAGAACGAGGAGGAGAACCUUCAGCAGGAAAGUCCCAAGCCAGUGGAACCGCACAGGUUGGUAGCAGGAGGAUGUGAAGGGAACGUUUCCCAGAGCCCUGAUGAGGGAGAGGCCUGUGAGAGUGAGGACAGGUCAGAAGAGCAGCAAGUGGAGAGACUGGCUGUGCCCAAUCCCUGGGAGGGGAGCUACCAGGAGCUUGGAGAUGCCCAGCAGGCCCUGCAGGUGGGUGGGAAGCAGAACAGCUGUGCCGAAUGCGGGAAACACUUCUCCCGGCGCUCGCACCUCGUCAUCCAUCAGCGCAUCCACACAGGCGAGAAGCCCUACCAGUGCUCUGAGUGCGGGCGCCGCUUCAGUCAGAGCUCCACACUGAUCAGCCACCAGCGCACCCACACAGGUGAGAAGCCCUAUACCUGCCCUGACUGCGGGAGGAGCUUCAGCCAGAGCUCCACGCUGCUGACCCACCAUCGGCUGCACACCGGGGAGACGCCCUACAAGUGCCUGGACUGCGGAAGGAGCUUCAGCCAGAACUCCACCUUCAUCAUCCACCAGCGCACCCACACCGGCGAGAAGCCCUACACCUGCCCCGACUGUGGCAAGAGCUUCAGCGUCAGCUCCUACCUCAUCACCCACAACCGCAUCCACCGUGGCGAGCGCCCCUACAAGUGCCCAGCCUGUGGGAAGGGCUUCAUCGACAGCUCCACCUUCGUGCGGCACCAGCGCACCCACACGGCUGAGAAGCCCUACCGCUGUGCCGACUGCGGCAAGAGCUUCAGCCUCAGCUCAUACCUGGUGAAACACCGCACCCUACACACAGGUGAGCGGCCCUACAAGUGCACCGAGUGUGGGAAGCGCUUCGGUGAGAGCUCGGACCUGCUGCGGCACCACCGCACCCACACGGGCGACAGGCCCUUCCAGUGUGCCCAGUGUGGGAAGAGCUUCGGGGAGAGCUCCACGCUCACCCGUCACCGGAGGACCCACCAGGGCAAGGAUGCACCCGUCUACUACCGGGGGGACUUUCUCCUGAGACGGAGUCUGCAGGGGCUGGUGACCUUCAAGGAGGUGGCUCUGUAUUUCACCCAGGGGCAGUGGGAACUUCAGGACCCAGGUCAGAGAGACGACAUGCAGGAGAACUAUGAGUCCCUGAUAUUGCUGGACUUUCCGAUUCCUAAACCCAACGUGAUCUCUCGGAUGGAAACAGUGGAAGAGCUGGGUGUCCCAGAUCCCCACGCCGCUAAGGAAUGGGAGAUCCUGAGAGUAGCCCCCACAGCAGAUGAUGGGAUGGGGAGUGAGCAUGAGGAGGAGAAUCUGGAGCAGGAAAGUCCCGAGAUGGUGGAAUUGGACAUGAUGUUGCUGGGAAGAGCUGAAGAGAACGUUUUCCAAAGCCCUGAACUUGGAGAAACCUGUGAGAGUCAGUGUGGACUGGAGAGGCAGCAGGAAAACCACCCAGAUGAGAGACUAGGGAUAUCCACUCACCAAGGAGAAGGUUUUAAGGAAUUCAACAACAUCAGCAUCAACCAGAGAACAGAUAAGUCAGAAACCCAGAAAACAUGCACUGAGUGUGAGAAAACCUUUUCUUGGAGGUCAGAGCUGCUAAUCCAUCAGAGACUGCAUACGGGAGAGAAACCCUACAAAUGCCUCGACUGUGGGAAAAGUUUCACACGAAGCUCAAACCGUAAUGCGCAUCAGAGGAUCCACACAGGAGAUAAGCCCUAUAAAUGCACUGAGUGUGGGAAAAGCUUCAGCCAAAGCUCACACCUGGUGAAACAUCAGCGGCUGCACGUGGGAGAGAAGCCCUACAAGUGUACGAAAUGUGGAAAAAGCUUCAGCUGGAGCUCAGACCUUAUUGUUCACCAGAGAAUUCACACAGGAGAGAGACCCUAUAAAUGCCUCGACUGCGGGAAAAGCUUCAAUCGGAGCUCGAACCUUAACACUCAUCAGAGGGCCCACAUGGGAGAGGGCCCCUACAAUUGCACCGAGUGUGGGAAAAGUUUCAGCUACUGCUCCUCCUUCAUUAGACACCAGAGAACCCACACAGGAGAGAAACCCUACAAAUGCACCGAGUGUGGGAAAACCUUCUUUGAGAGCUCGGCCCUUAUCAGGCACCAGAGGAGCCACACUGGAGAGAUGCCCUACAAAUGCACCGAGUGUGGGAAAAGCUUCUUCGAGAGCUCCUCCCUUAUCAAGCACCAGAGGAUCCACACUGGAGAGAAGCCCUACAAAUGCCCUGACUGCAGGAAGAGCUUCAAGCAGAGCUCAUCCCUCAUCAAUCAUCUGAGGACCCACACCGGAGAGAAACCCUACAAAUGCACCGACUGCGGGAAAAGCUUCACUGUGAGUUCUGCUCUGAUUAGACAUCAGAGGAUCCACCUGUGAUCCACACCAGCUGCCAGUUUCCCUUUGGGGGCUUAUGUGAGGCCUGAAGAUAGGUCUGGGAACCAGAACAGGAGGCUGUGGAUCCUUUGAGGUAUUGGAAAGGGCCCUCAGAAAGCCUGCGUCUUUGGUCUCUUGUUAUUCAUUCAGUGACCUUGUCCCAGUCUGUCACUGAACAGAGCUGCCUGGAGAAAGACUGCUGUUUGGGCUGAUUCAGGCAGGGACUGGAUCUCACCAGGUGUCAGUAUGGCAUCGGGCGUGAUGGGGCUCCAAUCUCAGAUGGGCUGUCUUGGUAAUGCACAUUAUUAAUGAUUAGAAAAGACUGGCCCUUAUUUUCUCUUUCCCUGGUGGUCUCUUCAUCUUCCUCUCUCUUUUCCCUCUGUCCAGUCACUGGAUUGAAGAGGACCCAGGAGAGUCCCUGAGAGAAUGUACAGAGGUAAAAGAGAAAGCUGUGAAUUCGAGCUGUCCAGUCAAUGAAACACCCCCAGAGCCAGGGGGAUCUGGGCAUGAGUGUGUUGUGUCCCAGCAGGUCUCCAGGAGGUACCAGCUGGGUGGGGGCCUGCAGAGCUACAGGAGGAGAGGUGCCCAGCUGGCACAGAGGCAAAGCCAAGCCAGACAUCAGGCUGAUCUCCUGUGCUGGGGUGGAUUUGGAGGGACACUUCUCAUGUAUCAGUGGAGACCCAAGGGGCAAGUAUUGCUCAGGAUCUGAUUGGAUGGCCCAGUGAAGGAUUCCUCUGUGUUUCCUGUCUGUAACUAACUCACAGGGACCCAUGUCUAAACACAGCUUGGAAUCACAUUUGGUCUUCACCCUAACUUCAUCCCUAACUCAAGCGACCCAGCGACAAUACAGACAUAGGUUGUAAUGAAGAUGGAACCUAAUCCAAUCUUCCCUAAAUGGGUUAAAAGCUCAGGCUUCAGGCUGUGUACAAGGACAUAACUAGAGACCUUAUGACCAUGUUAAAGUCAGGUGAGCGAAAUCUGUGCUGUAACCGGGACCUGAGUGAUAACUGUUGUGUAGAUGGGGCCUAGUGUCUAUAACUGUUUUUCCUUGCAGGUGGGAGGCCUCAAAACUGAAGUUCUAACCCUGUUAAUGAGCCCAGCUUGAAGCCUGGAACAUGCCUAGGCUAGAGUAUGGGCCCCUAACAUGUUUAUUUGCCUGUCCACCUGGGCAAGAAGAAACACUGUAAUUACACAAUCUGGCCAGAAACUCAGCCGGUGUCAAUCAGUGUAGCUCUGACACCAAUAGAGCAAUGUCGAUUUACACUAGCUGAGGAUGUUGCCAGGUGAUUUCUGUAGGAGCUCUGUAUCGGGGCUGUCUGCACUCUCCAUUUUCUGUCUGCCCUAGUAAAGAAGCUUUGGUUACUGUA